AUGGGACAACAAACGUUGAUUUAUAGCUUCGUCGCCAGAGGAACAAUAAUUCUGGUGGAGUAUAGUGAAUUCACCGGAAAUUUUAGCAGCAUUGCCAGCCAAUGUUUGCAGAAGUUACCGCCAUCUAGUAACAAAUUCUCAUAUAAUUGCGAUGAUCACACCUUCAAUUUCCUCUCCGAUAAUGGAUUCACCUAUUGUGUCGUGGCUACUGAAUCUGCAGGCAGGGAAAUUCCCCUUGCCUUCUUGGAUAGAGUGAAGGAUGAUUUUAGCAAAAGAUAUGGUGGAGGCAAAGCUGCAACUGCCAGUGCUAAAAGCCUCAAUAGGGAAUUUGGGUCAAAAUUAAAAGAGCACAUGAAAUACUGUUGUGAUCAUCCUGAAGAAAUCAGUAAGCUUUCUAAGGUCAAGGCUCAAGUUUCUGAAGUUAAGGGAGUUAUGAUGGAAAACAUUGAGAAGGUUCUUGACCGUGGUGAGAAGAUUGAGCUUCUAGUCGAUAAAACAGAUAAUCUUCGAUCACAGGCUCAAGACUUCAGACAACAGGGGACAAAGAUAAGGAGGAAGAUGUGGUUUGAAAAUAUGAAGAUAAAACUGGUGGUUUUUGCUAUCAUCUUGGUCUUGCUUCUCAUUGUCAUUUUAUCUGUCUGCCCUGGCUUCAAAUGCACGUGA